CUCGUUCAGUUGAGAUCUCCCUUUGCGCUGGCUCGGUGACCCCUCAAUCUCUUCCAAUUGAACCCGAAUUCCUCCAAGAUGGUCGUCCGUAUUCGUCUGUCCCGCUUCGGGAACAAGCACCAGCCCUUUUACAACAUCGUGGUCGCGCAAGCUCGUUCGGCCCGCGACUCCAAGCCCCUAGAGGUCAUUGGCACUUUCAACCCCAUCCCUCAACGUCCCACCGGCCUCUCCGACGAGGAGGCCCGCACCGCGAAAGCAUACAAGGAUAUCUCGCUCGACCGGUCUCGAGCCAAGUACUGGUUGGGUGUUGGCGCACAGCCCAGCGACGGUGUCUGGAGGUUACUGCACUUGGCCGGUCUUAUUGAAGCGAAGAAGGUUCCCAGCAACUAAACCAAACAAGCGCGUCUACAAUCGUUCCUUGAUAUAUCUGUUGUACAUUUAGCACGAAGCAUGAGACACUGGAGCUCUGGGCCGGUCACCCGGUCGAACAGGGCCCGUGACGCGUGAGAAGAAAGGAAAGAGAAUCUGAGGGCCGGGAGGAACUUUGGAGAAAAAAUAUCCCUGGAUGUUACACUCCUGGCAUGACUUAUUGGCGUUUAUUGAGAGAGUGAUAUACAUUUGGAAACACUUCUGGGUUGAGAAUUUAUGUACAUUAUUGUGCGCUGACUAUGUGACUGCGUCUCGCAUUUGUGUUUAAUUGCAAUUAGCAUC